AUGAGUGCUGCAAGUCUUCUUCUACAGCUCGUUCUGGUUGGCACCCAAACCCAUUUCGAAAGUAGAGGUUUGAUUGACGAAAAGCGACUCGAACACUUGCUAAUUGCGGGAAAACAAAUACUCUACAAGUCUCACCAAGAAAGCGAUGUCCGGUCGUCGUUGGGCUUCAACCCCCGGGUAUGGGAUGGUCUAACUAAAGUUCUCACCGUCGCCAUACCUGCGCUGGAGCAACAGUCUUUCUCCUGGAAGAAUCCGCCGGCGACAAGUUUCAACGGCAGCAGUUCAGAAUUGAUCGCGUCGCAUUACCUCUCUCUCGUCAAGGAUAUCGAACGCCUAAAUGAUCUCUGUACAAUAGCACGGAAUCUACUAGCGACGACCAAGAAAGCCCAAAACCUUGCUGCUGACAAGGGUUUCGACCAACAGAUCCUGAAACUGAUCGAUGUUUGCGUCCGUGUGACGGCUCGAGGUUAUGAUGGAGAACAAAACCAGCGAAAUGAAGAGAGAUGGCAAAAGGUCGUCAACCUUUACAAGAGACUACUCAUCACAUGCCUGCAAUUCCUACACAACUUCAUCAUGCACAAUGAACAACGCAAGUUGGUCCUGUGGCUGGAUCUCUUUGGCCAGGCGCAAGCACAUGAUAGUGAUAGGAAUUUACCUCAUGGCCAAGAGAUCGAGGGCAGCUCAAGCGGUCGGCGUACGACUUUUCAGGACGAGAUAAUUCGAUCUACCGCCGAACAGCUCGAACGAAUGGAUCCCAAAGAAGCAAGCGAGAAACUCGGUUACAACCUUAAUGAUAUACAUGCCCUGUUCGACGUUAUGGGCAGUGCUGAAACAGGCAUAAACAUAGACGAGGAAAAGCGGGCACAGAUGACAAAAGUCAUGGAGAAGAUCAGAAGUGAUAUGGCCAGACUAUCGGGUGUGACUCUCGACCAGUUAGCGACUACUCCAGAAGCCGUGCUCAAAGUCGGGGCCCAACUGCGCCGUCAUAUCACGUCUAUGGACACUACAAAAGCUCAAAUUGGACAAAACGGAGGAACAACUGUUGAAAACGGCGAGUCCGCUAAUGGCCACACUCAACCUGCUCAAGCGAGUAAUCUACCAGAGCUGAAUUCCCAAGGUGGAUUUGUCGACGCAGGUCAGACUCUGACAGAUGAAGACUUGUCCAUGCCCAGAACGGCGCAGUCUGCGGCUGCCACUCUCAAAGAGGCCAAAGACGAACUCAUGGCUCGAUUGCACGAAGCAGGUCCGCUUGUCGAUGAGAAUGGUGAUGUUUCUUAUGAUGAAGAUGGCAACCCUGAAGACUACGAUGACGAUUUGGUCGAUAGCGUUGACGAUAGUAUGGAAGACGAAGACGAAGAAGACGACGAUUAUCAUGGCUCAGGAGAUCAAGAGAGGGGUCUACUCACUGACGUACCUCUGGUGCUGGGGCCGACAGAGAUUGAAGCACUCCCCAUGAUCAUUCAAGCCGGUAUCGUGGACAACUUUGGCUCGAAGGCUCAUGAGCGCAACGGCACCAAGAACAUGCAAGCAGUUCGCUGCCAUAUUCUACUGGCACAGGAAGCGGGGCGGAACGUGUUGCGAGAGUUGUUGAUCUUCAUCGCCGCCUGGGAUCUUCCCGAUGAUGAGUUUUACUUCAAAAUGAUGGUUCAGAUUAUGGAAUCAAUCCUGAAGAACGGACUUAUGUCUCAUGCCUACUCAGACUUUGGGCAGCCGAAAGAUAUUAUCUCACCAGCCCAAGCCGUGGUCAUCAAGAUCCUUACCCACAUCUUCCGUGCGAAGUACAGUCCAGCGGCUGUUGUCCAAAACUCAAACGAGCAGUCGCAACCAAAAUCACGUGUUCCUGCUCCACUCAACAGAGUGGACAUCCUGACUGUCCGGUAUAUCUUCAUCGUAUUCCGGGGCAACAUCAUCCCGGAGACCUGUGCUCUGAUCUAUCUCCAGGGGCAGAUUCGUGCGGGACGCGCACUUGCCGAAGACUUCCCGCUCAAUCUUUGGGAUAUGGAGAGGGUCUAUGAGGGUGUUUAUCAGUUCCUGGAGUUUUUCGCUGUCCUCACAGAGAACAAUGACUGGAAAAACCUUCUUGUCAAGUGGGAAAUCGUCUACGAUCUUGUCACUCUGAUCAAGGAACUUGACAAUAGCAUUGCCAAGGUCCCCUUGACUAAAACGAUGCCGCCGCCAAGUACCACUGCCACAGCCAACGGUACCAAACACAAUGGCACCGAGUCGAAUUCGAAAACGUCAGCUCCCGUUGCCGUUGAGAGACCGUAUGACGUGGAUCCCGUAACGCAAAAGACGCAAGAACAGGCCAGUCCAGACAAAGAUGCCGUGCCACCAACAUCGAAUUCUCCGCCACCUCCACAGGUUGCCGAGGAGCCUGCUGACUUUGAAUGGCGCAAUCUGAAGAAGCUCAUUGUUCUCGUCCUAUCAAGUUUGGUGUGGAAAUCACCAACAGUGCAGAACCAGAUCAGAGAAUAUGGAGGCGUUGAGACAAUUCUGAGCUGCACUCAAUACGAUGCAUGUAACCCGUACAUCAAAGAGCACGCGGUGAUGUGCCUCAAAUUCCUCCUGGAAAAUAACCCCGAGAACCAGGCCUUGGUCUCGAGCUUGGAAGCACGAGAAGUGGCCACUCCUGACGCAACAACUCAAGAAGUCAUUGAUAAAAUGAACAUCAAGUUCCAACUCAACAAGGACGGAAAAGUCGAACUAAGCGACAAGGAACUCACGUACCUGAAAAACAUACAGGCCGAAGCUCAACGGACGCCGAUGAAGUUGAGCAACAGCAACAGAGACAGCGGCAGAAUUGUACCUAUCAUGGAGGGUGCAGCUGUCGAAUCGAGCACAGACAAGGGGAAGGGCAAAGCAACAUCCCCCGAUGACGAAAUCGAGUUUAUGUAG